CGCACACGCCUUUAUUUUGAAAUAUUUUGAUCCCAUGCGGGGCCGGGGAGGCCAAAGACAAAGUGCAACAUGUAUCUACCGCCUGGCUUCCUGCAAGAAAUACCUCUCCAAUGGUUUUAGUUGUUUUCAAAAGGAAUACGGCGGAAGGACUUGUUGAGAUACUGCUGCCUCUUCAUCAGCAGCACACCAAUCGACUAGCUAAUAAUUAUAAUUACUAGUUCAUGACUGUAUCGUAAUUGCAAUACAGGUAGGUUGAUAAUCAUUUCACCUCGUUGUUCUACAUGAGCUAGCUGUUGGAUGUCACUCCCCCGCUGCUGAGCUCACCAGUUGUCGGCUGAUCUGGCAACACGUUUCAGUGCUCACUCCGCGAUCCGGGCGAAGCCAUGAUGACGACGCAGCACGCGCAAGAUGGCGGUGGUGCAUCCGUUCGUGCUAUAGAUGCAGAAGCCGUGCAUCGAAUAUGCAGUGGGCAGGUGGUGGUGGACUUGGCCACAGCUGUCAAAGAGCUGGUGGAGAAUAGCUUGGAUGCUGGCAGUACUCAGGUCGACAUCCGACUCCGAGACCAUGGCUCACAGCUGAUAGAGGUGUCGGACAACGGAAAGGGGAUUUCCCCUGAGGACUAUGUGGGCAUAGCACGCAAGCACUGUACGUCUAAACUACGCGAUUUCUCGGACCUUGCACAGGUGGAGACGUUUGGUUUCCGUGGCGAAGCUCUCAGCUCGCUGUGUGCCGUUGCCGAGGUGACGAUAACCACGCGACGGCGCUGCGACUCGGUGGGUACACGGCUGGCGUACGAUCACCGCGGAGAGAUCACCGGGCAGACGCCGUGUGCACGAGAGCCGGGCACCACGGUCACUGUUCAGAAACUAUUCUCCACUCUGCCCGUGCGCCACAAGCAGCUGCAGAAGAACGUGAAGCGCGAGUACGCACGGCUACUGCACGUGCUGCAGGCCUACUGCUUGGUCAGCCAGCAGGCACGCAUACACUGCACCAAUCAGAACGGCGAGAAAGGGCAGCGGCACGUUGUCGUGGCAUCAGCCAAUAAGCAACAGGCAAGACGGCAGCCUCCGGUCGCGACGAGCGUUGCUCCGAGUCCCGGGGAGUCGGUCGAUAACACUGCUAUUGAUCAGCAACCGACCUCAAGUCCAACCAAUUGCUCUGUGGCGGAUAAUCCUCCGAAAGCCCAGUCCGGGUGCGAACUGUCAGUUGGUGCUUCUUCGAGCCCUGGCCGAUUUGCUCUGUCGCCAAACUCGCCAUUACGCACAGAGACGGAAACGCUCGGAACGCCGAGCGAUAUCAGUGCGGCGGAACCGACGACAGUAGCGGUGGUUAGCAUCGCUGGUCUGCGUGAUAAUGUGACCAGUGUAUUCGGGCCGAAGCAGCUCGCCUCCCUGCUCGCCGUUACGCAGUGCAGUCAUGACGACGCCCGGCAGCAGCUCCUCGACGACGGCAUGUCGGAAGGCAGUCUGCCGGCGGCGAGCGUCUUCCAGCGGUUCUCAAUCCACGGCCUGAUAUCGGACUGCCGUCACGGUCAGGGACGGAGCGCAGCCGACCGUCAGUUCUUCUACGUCAACGAUCGGCCGUGGGACGGCGCAAAGGCUAGCAAGGUCGUGAACGACGUGUACCACAGCUACAAUCGCCAUCAGACGCCGUUUGUGCUGCUGAUGAUUGGAGUGUCAGAGCGGAGCAGUGUCGACGUCAACCUGACGCCAGACAAGCGCAGCAUUCUUCUCGAGAACGAGAAGGCGUUUCUGGCCGUGCUGAGGCGAUCGCUCGCCAAUCUCUUCCGAUCGCGUGACGGAUGCUUCGACGUUAUUGCCGCCGCCGCCUCUCAGCCCACGUCACAAGCAGCAGCCCAACAGUCCCAGCCUGGCGAGCGGCAACUCAAGUCGCCGACAUCCCAGCUCGCUCCUCGCUGGACCGUGGAGUCGCUGAAACGCCGCUUCUCCGAUGUUCAGGGUGCAGCAUCAGCAGCAAUGCCAACGCCGCCGAAACAGCCUCGGCUGAGUGCGUUCGGCUUCGUCUCGUCCAAUGCCGAUUGCUUGCAGGACUCUGACAAUGCGUGUUCUUCUUCCGGUUUGAGUACCCUGGACACGAGAUCAGCCGGCAGUUUAACCAGUGUAGACGCUGAGCUUAGUCAUGGAAAUGUUUCCAGUGCUUUGACCCCCACAGUGACUUCGGCAGACGCUCAUGGCUCUGCAGUGUCGUCUUCUGUCGGACAAGGUUCCGCUCGCCUCGCACCGCUAGAUUCGACACGGAGCUGUGAUGACAUCACCGCCACACCGUGUGAUGUCAUUGUGACAUCGUCGGCCAGCAGUGCAGCACAUGGAUCGGGUUGCUCGUCCAGUGUGUGCCGUGUGACUUCAAGUAGCCCACGUACCGAUGUGCUGACGCUGGUUGCUGAUGGCAACGGGGACGCAUACGGGGACACUGUCACAUCCUCCUCUAUGGCACCAUCCAGUGCAAUGUCUAUGACAUCAUCCAUUACAUCAUCAACCCCAAAUGGCAGCACUGCUGACAGCAGUGAUACCAUUGAGCACCAGCAGCAUGCCAGCACAACCUGGCGAGGUGAUGUCACCGGCUCUGGAUCGCGGCGUGCACUUUCCGUCGAGCGCUCUCGGUCUCCCGUGGCAAACUCACCCAGUACCUCCCUGGCCUCAUCUGUAGGGACGGACGUGUGCAGCUCACCACGGACACCUCUGCUCACGGAACUGUCCACCACUGCAGAGCACCUUAUUGAGAACCCCAACUACAUACCAUCAACGCCGCCAUUACGUACCUCCAGUCAUGGUCCAGGAACGGGGGAAACCCCGAUCUGUGUGAUUGCUGACGAGGGAGAAGAUGGGGAAGACGCAACUUCUGCCGGUCGCUUCUGCUUGCAAGAUCACUCUGUGAGCUGUUCGAUGGGCUUGCUGAAGUCGCGCAUGAAGGACGAUCGCACGACGGCGGACGAUGCAGCAAAGGCUACGUCUUUCAUGGUGCGUAUCGGCCCGGACACAAACACGGCGGCUGAGAAGGAGCUGGAACGGUUUGUGUCCAAGGACUCCUUCUCGCGCAUGCAGCCUGUCGGUCAGUUCAACCUCGGCUUCAUCGUCGCCCGCUGCCACCGCGACCUGUUCCUGGUCGACCAGCACGCCAGCGACGAGAAGUACAACUUCGAGCGCCUGCAGCGCACCGCGCAGCCCAAGCAGCAGCCGCUGGUCAUCGCGCAGCCGCUCUCGCUGCCCGCGUGCAGCGAGCAGAUCGUCAUGGAUAACAUGGAGGUGUUUGAGCGCAGCGGCUUCAGGUUGGCCGUUGACCCGGACGCCGCGCCUACACAGCGUGUGCACCUUCAGGCAGUGCCGGCAAGCAGAAGCUGGACGUUUGGCGCGUCGGACAUCGAGGAGAUGGUCUUCAUGCUGCAGGAGGCCGUGCCGGGCCAGCAGAUCGUCGUGCGCCCGUCUCGUCUGCGCGCCAUGUUUGCCAGUCGUGCAUGCCGCUCGUCGAUCAUGAUCGGCCGGGCGCUGAACGGUGCGGAGAUGACACGUGUCCUCCGUCACAUGUCCGAGAUGGACCAGCCCUGGAACUGUCCACACGGGCGGCCGACGAUGAGGCAUCUGUUCGACUUGUCGCAGUUGGAUGAGGAUGGGGAUCGUCCAUGAUGGUGUGUGUAAUGUGUGCACUGACUUUCACCAAGCUCUCUAUUUCUCUCUCUCUCUCUCUCUCUCUCCCUAGCUCUCCGUAGCCCCCCCCCCCC